CGCAAUGUACUCUCAUAACCAAAAAAGUCAACAAUAACAUAAAAGGGGAUCGCAAAUCAUAAUAACUAAGAUGAGUCAAGAGGUGAAGAAGAAACUUGAGGAGUAUCAAGACUUCUUGGAAAACACACUGAAAGUGGAUUUGAAAGAGAUUGAGGGAAAGUUGAAUGCAACUGCUAAUGAAUUGGAGAAGUGGAUUAAGCUGAAAAACUUUACAAGCAAAAUAUUGCCUAGUUAUAGGGAUAAUGUCAAAUUUGAUUUAAAUGUUUACAAUAGAAUAGUUGAGAUGGAGGAGUGUGAAAUGUUUGUUCGUGCAACAGUUGAAGAUUUCAAUAAAGUCUAUAUUGAUAUAGGCUGCAAUUGUCUGCUGCAAAUGGACCUGGAAGAGGCAACAAAAUAUGCAAGCAUUAGGAUUCGGGUGAUUGAGAAGAAGAUUGUGCAUUACUCUGAGUUAGCUGUUAAAGUGAAAGUUAAUAUCAAGGUUGUGUUACUGGCAAUUCAGCAGUUAGAUCCAUUAUUAAAUUUGAAACUUAAAUAAAAUUGUUAGGAUAGGUUUUUGUUUUAUUAAUCUUUAUUCAAAUAAUAAUUAAGCUACACAACAUUGUGAACACCAUUUAAAUGUUUAUUGUAUAUAUCUAUAUAUAAACUAUUGUAGAAAACUAGCAGACUACAUAUAAAAUUAGACUGUUGUGAGCAUAACAAAUGUUCCAUAUCUUAAUACAUAUUUUUAUUUUAAAUUCUAUCUACAGUAGAAACAUGUCUAAUUAAAUUUUGCUUCUUUUAAACCAGUAAGAUUUUUAUAACAACAUUUUUUUUGGCCAUUUUGCUGCAUAUUUUAUUUGUUAAGAAAUAACUACUUUUUAUUUACAACGAGGUUUAAAAUGUCAUAUCACUUGACUUGACUAAAUGAUAUAAGUAUUUUUUUUUUCGUUAAUAAAGUCAACAUACGAGUCUAUAUUGUGUAAACGAGGUUUAAGUACACAUAUUAAAAUAUGGAUAAAAUUUCUUGUUGCACGAAAGCAGCAAGCAGACUUCUCUUGUUUGUUCAUUUACGACAUUCGUCAGCGUCACAUCUCAACGAAAUUGUUGAACAUUUUAGUUUUCUAUUUUGAUUGGAGUACUUUGUGCUUGGAUUUGCUUUGAGAUGUGUCGCUGACACUCCAGCAACUCCAACGACUCUUUUGAAAAGAUGACGAGUAAGCUGCGCACUGCAUUAAAACUUUAUUUUGCUUCAAAAUGUUAUUAUUCCUCCGGUGAAUAUAUAGGCCAUUUGGAAACAUGCACCGCCUGCACCUAGGAUUCAGCAGGAUUAAUGAAAAUUAUAAUUUAUAAUUACAUUACUUCGAUCUGGCUGCAUAAAUAUUCGCGGUAUUGAAUAUCAUUUAAGAAAAAAUACAAAAUAAUACUAAUAUUUGUAAUGUAUAUACGAAAGAAAUUGGAUAUAUUUAGGUCUAAACUAAUUGUUUAAAUUGUAAAUUAAAUAUUUGUCAUUGAUAUUAAAUUAGUUUCUAUGUUGUUUUUUUCUCACAAUAGUUAUAUAAUUAUUAUAGAUAUGAACUGGUAACGUGAAGUAUUUUCUUGAAUAUUUAGUAUCACACAUUCUAUUAACGAUUAUAAAAAGUUGCGCUUUUAGAGUACAAUAAGAGUAAUGUUAGUUAUUUAUUCACAGACACUAUAAAAAUAUAUUAUUUUUAAUUUUUCA